AGAAACAAAAAAAAACCAACUUAAGAAAAGAAGAAGAAACCGCUCAGAAAUUAUAUAUAGCCAAUCAUUUGGUUUUGUUUGCAUCAAAUAAUCCAAGCCUAGAUUGUCUCACGCUUUGUCUCUGUGUCUGCUUCUCUCAUAUUUACAAGUCUUUUUGAGGAAGCACUCAUUGUGGAAAAAAUGUCAAUGGGGUGUGAAAGAUAUGGCGCCAUCAUCAUGUUCUUCUUCAUCACCAUCCUCCUCUGUGUCGUGGGCUUUCUUGAGGCAGGGGGAGGAAGUGCUGUACAGAGCAGCCGAAUAAUCAGGUGGAGGAAGAAACACAAACAGUCGCAGCAGGAACAGCCUGCAGGGCCUCAGGAACCGACCAGGUGUAACGUCUAUGAAGGGAGUUGGGUCUACGACAGUUCGUAUCCGAUGUAUGAUUCCACAACAUCCUGCCCUUUCAUACGUAAGGAGUUCGACUGCCUCAAGUAUGGCCGCCCUGACCGCAACUACCUUAAGUAUAGAUGGCAGCCCAACAACUGCACUUUGCCUCGAUUUGAUGCCCUAGAUUUCCUGAAGAGGAUGCAGGGCAAGAAGAUAAUGUACAUAGGAGACUCCUUAAGCCUCAACAACUGGCAGUCUCUAGUAUGCUUGCUAUAUGCUGGUGUUCCAAACGCAAACCUCUCAUGGCAGACCAAUACCUCCAUCUCCACAGUCACGUUCCAGGACUAUGGAGUAUCUGUUAUUAUGUUCCAGUCUCACUACUUAGUGGACACCGUAAAGGAACCGAUGGGUCGAGUCAUGAAACUCGACUCUCUAAACGAUGGUGCCUUGUGGAAGACUAUGGAUGUGUUGAUCUUCAACACUUGGCUCUGGUGGUUGGUCAGAGGACCUCGGCAGCAAUGGGAUUACAUUCAAGAGGGCGCAAAGAUAUCGAAAGACAUGGAUCGAAUGGAUGCUUUUCACAAGGCUAUGAUAACAUGGGCAAAAUGGGUCGAUACCGAUGUUGAUACAGCAAAGACCAAAGUCUUCUUUCAAGGAAUUUCUCCCUCCCAUUACAAUGGGACGGAAUGGAAUGAGCCAGGAUUGAGGAACUGUGCAAAGGAAACGGAGCCGAUGAGCGGAUCAACUUCCCCGAGUGGCCCACCACCGGCACUGUCCGUGGUGAAAGAAGUUCUGAGCAGCAUCAAGAACCCUGUCUCCUUGCUUGAUAUCACGGCAAUGUCUAAGCUGAGAAAGGAUGCACAUCCCAGCUCUUACAAUGGCUUCAAGGGCAUGGACUGCACCCACUGGUGCAUUGCCGGACUCCCAGAUACAUGGAAUCAGAUCCUAUACUCGGAACUCAUAGCUUAGAAGAGAUUAAGUUACAAGAGACUAGUGGAGGAGCGGUUUGGUUCAUUCUUGUUCUUCAGUAGGUAUGAUUCUUUGAUAUGAGAAUACAUAUUCUCUGGUAGUUAAAUCGGUAUAGAUUAGUCCCUUCCCUUGUCUUAGAGUGGGAAGUAGCUCUUUAUGUUCUGUACUUUUAGUAUUUCCAUCACUUUAUAUACAAACACAGACAGAGAUCAUGGAUCUGUUCGAAUGGAGGAAAAGGAGCCUACAAGUACCCUAUAUGGACAACUAAACAGAAAAGAAAGAUGCCAUAAAAUAGUGAAAAGAGAACCAAGUUCAUCUUCAAACAUUUUCCUCGGUCCACUAUUCACGCUCUUGGGCAGUAAGCAACCUCGAGUUUCUUUACACAAAGGAUAAGUAGGAAAAAAUGGGAAACAGAAGGAGAAAAAAAAAAAAAA